AUGAAGGCAGCACUGGAAAGCCAGUAUCCCGACAGUCAGCAACAGAUAUGCAUUCAACAUGUCAACGCAAACGUUCUCCUUAAUGCCAAACGGAAAUGGAAGAGCGGAGACGAUGGUCCAGAAAGCGACGGAGAUGGCGACCCGAACGCAAAGCUCUCUUCGAGAGACAUGGAAGCCGUUCUCGCGGCCGAGAGACAAGAGGGCGCGCCGGGCCAGAGCAACGUCGACAUGUCUGUGCCCCACAACUACCGUGGUGUCCUCGAGCUGUGGAAGUUCGUGGCAUUUGCAACAACAAGAGAAGAGCAUGAAAAGGCCUGGGUUCGCUUAUGCGACGAGUUUAAUGACCAGCAGGCCAUCCUUAUGUACCUGUACAAGACAUACUUGCCCAUACGAGCGCAAUGGGCAUAA